UGUGGGCCGUGGGGCCGGCAUCUGUGGCGCCUAGGCGCGGAGGCCUUUCCGGGGCUUUCGCGGCCGGCUUGUGGCCUUUCUCAGAGUUGUGGGCCCUCUCCUUGGAUGCCGAGUGCUGACAUCGGCCCAGUGGAGCCCUCUGCUCACCAUGGCACAACCUGUCACUGGAGAACCACCUGCUGGUCUAGGACAACUGAUUCCUGAACAGGGACCCCAGAGUUUCGGAGGAGGAGGAGUCGGAGGAGGACAACCUGUCACUGGAGAACCACCUGCUGGUCUAGGACAACUGAUUACUGAACAUGGACCCCAGAGUUUCGGAGGAGGAGGAGUCGGAGGAGGACAACCUGUCACUGGAGAACCACCUGCUGGUCUAGGACAACUGAUUCCUGAACAUGGACCCCAGAGUUUCGGAGGAGGAGGAGUCGGAGGAGGACAACCUGUCACUGGAGAACCACCUGCUGGUCUAGGACAACUGAUUCCUGAACAAGGACCCCAGAGUUCCGGAGGAGGAGGAUGUCACAGGUGUGUAUCUCCUCCGUUUAAGUCAUUUUCACAGCUUCGUGUGCUUCUGGAUCCCCCUCGUCCCGGUGACACCCAUUGUGUGUCCUUCAUUCGUUGGUUCCUUCAGGUGUUCAUUGGAUCAUUGGUCCUGUCUGUCCAGAAUUGA